CACGCCUGCGCGAGCGGACGUGCUCCGGAAGCAGUUUUUUGGCCCUGUGACACGUAGCAACGGGGCUGUUUCAGGGUCUGAAACAGAGUUUGGGGGUUGUUUGGGACUACUGAAGCUACUGCCUUCGCCGCCAGCGCAGCCUGAGAGUUUGGUGAGUGACCCAGGCCCGUGGCACACUAUUCAGCUUCUCUCCACACCUGUGCAGAUGGGCUUGUUGCGGUCUUUCGGCGCCGCGCCCUGGUCCUUUACGCUCAGACCCUCGCUCCCGUUCAAGUCCUUGCCUUGACGCGGGCCCCUGCACCUCAGGCGCGACCUUCCAAGAUUCUGCACUUUCCUGGCAGGCUGCGGGCCUUAUUUUGCAAGGAAGCAGUCGCGUUGUCAGCUGUAAAGCCCUGUCCUAAGAUUAUUUGCAAUGUCAGGCUUUGAAAACUUAAACACGGAUUUCUACCAGACAAGUUACAGCAUCGAUGAUCAGUCACAGCAGUCCUAUGAUUAUGGAGGAAGUGGAGGACCCUAUAGCAAACAGUAUGCUGGCUAUGACUAUUCGCAGCAAGGCCGAUUUGUCCCUCCAGACAUGAUGCAGCCACAACAGCCAUACACUGGGCAGAUUUACCAGCCAACUCAGGCAUAUACUCCAGCUUCACCUCAGCCCUUCUAUGGAAACAGCUUUGAGGAUGAGCCACCUUUAUUAGAAGAGUUAGGUAUCAAUUUUGACCACAUCUGGCAAAAAACACUAACAGUAUUACAUCCAUUAAAAGUAGCAGAUGGCAGCAUCAUGAAUGAAACUGAUUUGGCAGGACCAAUGGUUUUUUGCCUUGCUUUUGGAGCCACAUUGCUACUGAAAAUGAUCCUGUCCUGCUUACCUAGCAAGAUUAUUUUGAAGAUGAAACAAGACAGGUUAUGUGAGAACACAUUGAAAAGUGAAAAACACUGUACAAAUGCUGGCAAAAUCCAGUUUGGCUAUGUAUACGGAAUCAGUGCAAUCGGAUGUCUAGGAAUGUUUUGUUUAUUAAACUUAAUGAGUAUGACAGGUGUUUCAUUCGGUUGUGUGGCAAGUGUCCUUGGAUAUUGUCUUCUGCCUAUGAUCCUGCUUUCCAGCUUUGCAGUGAUAUUUUCUUUGCAAGGAAUGAUAGGAAUCAUUCUCACUGCUGGGAUUAUUGGAUGGUGUAGUUUUUCUGCUUCCAAAAUAUUUAUUUCUGCAUUAGCCAUGGAAGGACAGCAACUUUUAGUAGCAUAUCCUUGCGCUUUGUUAUAUGGAGUCUUUGCCCUGAUUUCUGUCUUUUGAAAAUUUAUCUGGGAUGUGAACAUCAGUGGGCCAGAUGUACAAAAAGGACCUUGAACUCUUAAAUUGGACCGGUGAACUGCUGCAGCGCAACUCUCAUGCAGAUUUACAUUUGACUGUUGGAGCAAUGAAAGUAAAUGUGUAUCUCUUGUUCAUUUUUAUAGAACUUUUGAAUACUGUAUUGGAUUUACCUGCAGUGUGACUAGCUUUAAAUGUUUGUGUUUAUACAAAUAAGAAAUGCUAAUUCUUUCUGGUUCCUGCAGCCUUUGAAAAACCUUUUUCCUUGCAAAUUACAAUGUUUUUGAUAGAUUUUUAUCAACUGUGGGAAACCAAACACAAAGCUAAUAACCUUUCUUAAAAACAACCCAGUCACAGUAAAGAAGACACAAGACGGCCAGUCGCGGUGGCUCAUGCCUGUAAUCCCAGCACUUUGGGAGGCCAAGGUGGGCGGAUUGCGAGAUCAGGAGAUCGAGACCAUUCUGGUUAACACGGUGAAAACCCGUCUCUACUAAAAAUACAAAAAAUUAGCCGGGUAUGGUGGCAGGCGCCUGUAGUCCCAGCUACUCGGGAGGCUGAGGCAGGAGAAUAUUGUGAACUUGGGAGGCAGAGCUUGCAGUGAGCCGAGAUCGCACCACUGCACUCCAUCCAGCCUGGGCGACAGAGCGAGACUCCAUCUCAAAAAAAAAAAAAAAAAAAAAAGACACAAGACUUACUGCAAAAAUAUUUUUCCAAGGAUUUAGGAAAGAAAAAUUGCCUUGUAUUCUCAAGUCAGGUACACUCAAAGGAGGAAAGUGAUCCAAAUGUAGAGUAUGAGUUUGCACUCCAAAAAUUUGACAUUACUGUAAAUUAUCUUGUGGAAUUUUUGCUAAAAUUCAGAGAUACAGGAAGUUCACAAUCUACCUUAUUGUAGACAUGAAAUGGGAACACUUACUUAGAUAUUAAUGUUAACUCAACCUGAGGGACCUGGAAUGGUUGCAUUAAUGCUAUAAUCGUUGGAUCUCCACAUUUCCCGAAAAGAAAAAAAAUCACUAACCUUUUUUAAGGGAAAUAUUUAAAGUUUUACAAAAUUCAGUAUUGCAGUUAUCAAUGUAAAGUACAUUUGAAUGCUUAUUAAUUAAAACUUUCCCAAUUAAUUUUAACUGUGUUACUGAGUUUACUUUUGCUAAACUACUGUUCUCUUUUUUAACUAUUCUCUGAUUUUGACCCCUAAUUUAAGCUUUAAGGAUAGAAAUCAGCUAAUACAGAAUCAGACAAAAAGGGGAUUAAAUGAGAAGCAGUUUGAGUUAUAUUAUUUUAUUGUAUUAAAUGUAUUUGAUUUAUAUUGUCAUGUUCUCUUGCCAGAGUGAGUCUGUAGGAAAAUACUGUAUCUUGCAUAUUGAUCAUUGGCUUUUUCUAGAAAAACUGCCUCUGAUUCUGGACAAAGCUCAGUUGUAGUUAUGAGAAAGAUAGGGUACAAGGAGGAAAAUACUGCUUUUUUUUUUUUUUAAGAGAUUUGCAGACUAAAUAAAAAGAAAUGCCAAACUGAUGUAUCAGUGGUUCUUGUUUAGAACAAGUUUUCAAAGCAUAAAAAGAGGGUGAGAGAAAUAACAUAUUUAUUGAUUUACAUAAGUAUGUUUUUCUUCAUUCUUAAUCAUCUGGAGAAACUCACUUGUCAUUAAUUUGUUUUGGGCUAGAUUUUCAAACUUACCAAAUUGCUUUAGAAAAGCAAUUUGAUAGGUUUUCCAACUUAACUAAAUUUUUUAUUGUAAUUCUUGGAUAGUACUUUUGUCUUUUUCAAUUCAUUUGUCUUUUUCAAUAUAGUUUUGUUAAGGCAAAUGUCUUCCGUUAAUAUCCAAAUAUUGCUAAUAAAUGGUAGAAGUGCUUUGGACAUUAAAAUUAUCUCACUGUUGGUUAGACUUAAGACUGUUAAUCUUCAGCUAAAUACCCACAUAUGGAUCAAAUUAUUUUAUUUUUUGUUGUUUACUCUAUCCCCAACAACAUUUUUAGUUUAAGUUAUUGUAGAGAUUUUUUUUGUUGGUGGUAAUUUUUUAUUUUGCUCCAAAAUAACAAGGUGCAAAGCUAUUUUAUGCUUAACUUGCUCUGUCAAAACAGCUAUGCUUUGGAGUUGGAAUUGAUGCAAAUUUUGUUCCAGAGUUGGAUUACAUGCAGAGUCAUAUAUAGCCAAAACUUCUCUUAUCAAACUCUGUUAUGUAGGCAUAUUUCUAUAUACAUUAAAGACUGCUGUACUGUGUGUC